AUGCAUGAUAUAACAACCUCGUUUCUGGGCCUCACUCCCACAAUCCGCCUGGCAGGAUGCGCCGCAGCACCUACCCAGAUCCCAUCAGCAAAGAAGUCCUUUGGGCUGACUGAUUUGGACGAGAACCACCCUCGCUCAAUCCUGAACCAACAGCCCUCGCAUCUCUCGCUGACCUCCGUGCCGACUCCGGUCGCGGAGUUUUUGUUUGACAUCUACAUCAACCGAAUCAUCCAUCAGUAUCCCAUCUACCAUUCUUCCGACGUGGUGCGGUCGUUCAACGCGAUCUUCCACAAUGACACUGUCGGCGAAAUGCCCGAUCCUCCAGCGGAAGCUCGAGACAUCUUUGUGGUGAGCCUGAUCAUGGCGAUUUCGCUAUCCACGGCAGCACGCAGCAAGCAAGCCCGUGCUCACGCUCUGGCGACGGGCUUGUUCAGGACCGCCAUGCUGCAUGUAUCAGAAGUGCUAUCUAACGACCUGGAGGGCCUCCAAGCCCUGCUUCUACUGAUUCAAUACACGUUUCUAAACCCCAGUGUGGCCAAUCUCUGGCUUCUGACCGGCUUAUCGAGCGAAGCGUGUAUGGACCUGGGUCUGCAUCAAGAACUCCCAUCCAGCAUCGAGAUCGACCUCCUCGAGAGAGACAUGCGGCGGCGCAUCUUCUGGUGCGCCUGGGAGAUGGAAGUGGCCGUGUGUGCAGGGUUCCACCGACCGCUUCGCACACAAAACAAAUACAUCAACGUGCCCUUCCCGUUCGAGAUCAAAGAUUCCGGAAUAUCACGCACGCACAUCGACAUGACGGCGCCGCGGGCGAAAUUCAUCCCACGACGAAUUUGGCCGUUCCGCAAGAUCGAGUCCGAUAUCAUGUCGGUGCUGUACCAGAACGAACCGCUUCCCGAAGAUUGUCCGUCCGUCGAGGCAUGGAUGAAGCGAACAGAAGCCGAAAUCCGCGAGUGGAUGGAAGAAGUCCAUCGCGCCGCCGCCGCGAACCAAGACCCGUCGGUGAAAUCGCAUUGGGACGAAAUGGAACUCUACGCCGACAUCGCCUACAACUACAUCCUCGUCCUCCUGUUCCGGCCAUGUCCCCGAGUGAAGAUGCCCAGUCGCGAAGACCUGAUGAAGGGCUUCACCGCCGCCGUGCAGGUCGCCACGGGCUACUGGGAACAGGCCAACGCCGAGCUCGGCUAUCUCAAAUACGUCUUCCAUCCGUGCCACCACACCUUCUCGUCUGCGGUCGUGUUUCUGCAGGCCCUCCAGUACUGCAAGGUCGAAAUCGCCGACCUGCACCCCCUGCAGGAAGUCGAGGGCUACAUGAUGUGCUUCUCGCGCUUCUUCUCCACCAUCUCCGAGCGCUGGCCCGCCGCCACGCGCUGUCUGCAGGAAUACGAGAGACUCCUGGGGCCCAUCAAGAAGGAAUAUUCCGAGUUCGUCCUCCAGCGAGCGACGCUUUUCAACCAGCAGAGCCCCGUGGGCGCUUACUCGAUGGGCGGAGGUGACUAUUUGGAAGAUGCCAUGGGCUUAGAUGAGUCGUUUGCCUUUUGGGAGGUCCCGAACCCUAUCAUCGAUUUCACCGGCAACGAUCUCGUCGAUACCUAUACCUAUCCGCCGUACGAUUGGAAUGCCGAGUUUGGCUUCGGCAUGGACCUUACACUCGCCGAAUAG